ACAAUCUCUUGCUUGAAAUGACGCUCUCUUCCCUGAUCUCUUCCUGCUUUCUUGUCUUGGCUCUCAUCUCGGCCACGCAUGCCUUCGACCUCAGCCUCAUCCAGAUGGAAGCAGCCACAUGUCCGUAUACGGUGGUUGUCAUGACGAGCUGCCUCUCUCCAGAGACGACGAGGGAUCAAAUCAGUAUCACUUUUGGCGAUGCCGAUGGCAACCAGGUGCAUGCAAAGAGACUAGGCGGAUCGGUAAAAGGAACAGGGAGUUUAGGGAAGUGUUCAACGGACACAUUCCAAGUCCGAGGUCAAUGUUUGACUAGCCCUAUAUGCUCUCUAAAUAUCAACCGGGAUGGACCCGACGGUUGGGUCCCCGAGUCCAUCGAGAUCUACGCACAAGGUUCCAAGUCUGUUAAAUUCGAUUUCAGCAAAAGCGUCCCUAAAAACACUUGGUACGGCCAAGACCACUGCAAUACCACAGGUCCGCCGUUUUCUCCCGGACUGCCUCCACCGGAGACACCUAAGCUACCACCACCUCCCCAUCCACGACCGUCUGCUGCUUCCAGAGGUGGUGGAGAUGGCGAGAGCGUUUUUCUUGCGUUUGCCAUUGCCACUGCGGUUGCGUUCGCCGCGAUGGUGCGUUAAGGUUGUUUAACGAGCAUGCUGCGUAUGUAGCGUCGUGAGACUUUUUUUAUUUCGUCGAAUGUUUUGUUUGUUGUGUGGUUUUGUUUCAGCCUCAGUGUUGUUGUAAAAACAAAACAAAAUUGUGAAGUACUUAGUUUCGUUUCUAAAAAAUAAAACCUUU